AUGCGCAAAAGGUUUUCCAGGAAGGUUAUCAGAGAUUUCGAACCUGUGUAUGGCGGACAAUCUCGACAGACGACGUUCGAGACCAAACUGCUUGGCAUCACUUUUGCCACUCCCUUGAUGGUCCAUGUUGUCAAGGCGGACCUCACCCGCCACAUUCCCCAUCUGACCAAGCCCUUGUCCAGCGAGGUCAAACAGUCAAUUACUGAGGCGCUGGGAGCCAGCACAGAGUACGUCGAGGUGAACGUUUUUCAAAAGCUUCUGCGUGUGGUCGCCAUCGUGUCAGGUCUUGCCUUCGUCGGGCCAGAUAUUUAUCGCCAAGAAGAGUACAUCAACAACAGUAUCACUUUCACGAUCGACCUAUUCGGAGCUGUCGCACAAUUGAAGCGAUGGCCGAACUGGGGCCCGGUGCGCCCAGUUGCCGCACGAUUCAUUGCGCCGGUCAAGAGGCUCCAUGCACAUCGCGAGAAGGCCUACGCGUUUUUGAUACCUCUGAUACAGGAACGCCGGAAGUCUACCGCCGCUAUCAAAGACGGAGAGAAGCCCAAAGAUAUGCUGCAGUGGAUUUUAGAGAAAGCUGACAAGUUCGACACCAAACAAGACCAGGAAAUUGCGAUGAUCUUGAUCCUCCUUGGUGUUGCAGCCAUUCAUACAACCUCCUUAACAGUAACACACAUACUUUAUGAUCUCAUUGGCUACUGUCCCGAGGCGAUUUCUGACCUCCGCGAAGAGAUUCGGACAGUCUUGGCUGCCCACGACGGCAAUAUCACAAGCGAAGCUCUCUACCAGAUGAAGCUCCUUGACUCGGUGAUGCGCGAGUCGGCGCGCGUGAAUCCAACCAACGUCAUGCGGAUGCAGCGCUGCGUACUGCAGCCUUUCCAGUUAUCAGACGGCACCGUCAUCCCCGCCGGCGUCGACAUCGCCGUGCCAGCGCUCCCGGUCAACCUGGACGAGGCGAAGUACCCUGACCCGCUGCGCUUCGACCCGUAUCGCUUCGUACGUCUUAGGUCAGGAGAAAAGCCAGACCCCAUCGGGUACGGCAGCCGCGAGCUUUACCAGUUCAUCUCGGUGACAAAGGAAAAUAUGGCCUUUGGGUUCGGCAAGCCCGCAUGUCCGGGCCGUUUCUUCGCCGCUACCGAGAUCAAGUUGAUUCUAAUUUAUAUUUUGCAAGAGUACGAUAUCAAGAUGCCGGAUGGACUUGAGGGUCGGUACGCGAAUACGGUCCGUGGUACUUCUAUUACUCCGGAUUUCAGCAAGAAAGUGAUGAUUCGGAGAAGAGCAUAA